AUGGGCAACCAAAGCUCCAAGCCCGAUGGCGGGUCGCCUAAAUCUGGCUCGGCCGACGGAAACCUUCAGUCUUACCCUUCCAUCAGCAGAAGCGAUACCAAAGAAUCGUCCCGUUCAUUCCGCUCGCUCAGGUCGAAGAUCCCUGGGAGCUCCAAGACCGAUAGCCCGAGAAACUCUACAUUGCUCAGCAAUGGUGACUCUGACAAGGGCCCUGAUGCCGCCUCUGUCCGAUCUGGCAGAAGUGGUCACUCAAGGACUCGCAGCAGUCGCGGCGAGAAUACUCUCAAACACAGCUCCACCGACAUGUCGAUUGCUGACUCUAUGCUCUCCAACGAGCAGCCGCCGCCCUCGCCCGUCCAGUCCAGCGCGAAGGCUGCUGGCAGUCUUCACGACGUGAGCGCUGCCCAGGCCAGUGGUGAGGUCGAUCAUGUUUCCGACCAGCCCCCUUCGGCAGCCGCAGCCAGCGCCAAUACCCACCUGCAGUCUCCUGGGCAAUCGAUUCUGGUCCGUCGCGACAGCGGCAGCACUCAGGUGGUGCACAAGACACCUUCGGCCGAAUCCACCAAGGCCGACAGCAACUCCAACGUUGCCAUGUCCGAAAUUAAAGACAUGGAUCUCGAUGACUACAUUAAGCGUCUUUUGGAUGCUGGCUAUGCCGGCAAAGUCACCAAGAGCGUGUGCCUGAAGAAUGCUGAAAUUGUUGCCAUCUGUCAGCGCGCGCGCGAGGUAUUACUCUCCCAGCCCGCUCUGCUCGAGCUCGAUGCGCCUGUCAAGGUUGUUGGUGACGUGCAUGGACAAUAUACCGAUCUUAUUCGAAUGUUUGAAAUGUGCGGCUUCCCUCCUAUGGCCAACUAUCUUUUCCUCGGCGAUUACGUCGAUCGUGGAAAGCAGUCUUUGGAGACCAUCCUUUUAUUGUUGUGCUACAAGCUCAAGUUCCCCGAGAACUUUUUCCUGCUCCGUGGAAACCACGAGUGUGCCAAUGUUACACGAGUGUACGGAUUCUAUGACGAGUGCAAGCGAAGAUGCAACGUCAAAAUCUGGAAGACCUUCAUUGACUGCUUCAACACCCUGCCGAUUGCUGCCAUCGUUGCUGGCAAGAUAUUCUGCGUUCACGGCGGUCUCUCGCCAGCACUGAGCCACAUGGACGAUAUUCGAAACAUUGCUCGCCCUACUGAUGUUCCCGACUAUGGUCUGCUCAAUGACUUGCUUUGGUCCGACCCUGCAGACAUGGAACAAGACUGGGAAGCAAACGAAAGAGGAGUCAGUUACUGUUUUGGCAAGAGGGUUAUAACAGACUUCCUUGCCGUGCACGACUUUGACCUCAUUUGCCGUGCACACAUGGUCGUGGAAGACGGCUACGAAUUCUUCAACGAUCGGGUCCUGGUCACUGUGUUCAGUGCGCCAAACUACUGCGGCGAAUUUGACAACUGGGGCGCCGUCAUGUCGGUCAACUCGGAGCUUUUGUGCAGCUUUGAGUUGCUCAAGCCUCUCGACUCCAGUGCUCUCAAGAGCCAUAUCAAGAAGGGACGUAACAAGAGGCAACACAUGCUUAACAGUCCUCCCGCGAGUGUAUACCCACAGAGCGUAUAG